UACGUGUUUUAAAAAUGGCGGAACACACGUCUGCAGAUCCGUCCGUGCUGCAAACGCAUCGAAACGUUUCUCGAUUUUGAAAAAAAGCAUUCUGCAAGAAUGGAGGAGGAAAUGUCACCAUGUGAGACGACGGAAGAUAGUACUCCAGUGCGUCUUGGCUAUGUACCAAGGAGUAGAAGGUUACAACCAGGAGAUGCUUUCUUUGAAGAUGGUAAUCUUGAGACAAGCUUAUCCUACAAGCAGAUGCCAGUACAUGAGCAUUAUGAUGAGGAGGAAGAAGAUCAUAUCAGGCAUAAAGAUUUCAAAUGUCAUGUGAUGGGCUGCAACCAAACCUUUACGACGGUUGCGUCUUUCGAGAUCCACUACAACGGCUCUCAUCGUAACAUCUGUCGCUACUGCCGUCGCUCAUAUCCGUCCAAUCAUCUCCUUGAUAUUCAUAUAUCAGAGUCACAUGACUCCUUGUUUGAGAUCAUGGCACAGAAGCAGCCAAUGUACCAGUGUCUGAUUGAGAGCUGUAGUGACAAGUUUGUCGACGGUCUGAAGAGGAAAGAUCACUUGAUCAAACACCAUCACUAUCCAGCUAACUUUAGAUUCCAAAAGGGGAUCUGUAAACCAAGGUCAAAACCAGCAGCUAAACCAGCAUCGAGUAUCGGUGAAGAUCAGAUGGACACUGAAGCGCCAGCAGGUGGUGCCACACAUGGUGAUACACCCCUACCCCCGAGUGAUGCAACCUACUCAGCAUCCAGUGAGACACUAACAGUGAAUGCAGGGCGUGGUUCACAAGCUCAAAGCAGACCUAGGGUCCCAGUCAACAUAUCAUUUGGUCGUGGAGGGACACGGUCAUUUCAACGAGGGCACCAAAAACAAAAGACUAAACCUAAGAAGGUAGGAGCUAAUCAGAAACAAUCAGGCCCCGCCCUAAUGGAAGAUUCAAUGGAUGUGCCACCAAUGGAGAGUAAUGACGUCAUGAAUAUUAACGAUUCAAACAUGGAGGAGCCAAUGAGUGAAUAUUCAUGACCUUCCAGAGCGCGCCAAAAUGGAGGAUUCAAUGGAUGGGUGCCACAGAUUGAGAGUAAUCAAGGAAUGGCGUCAUGAAUAUUAAUGAGUCAAACAUAUGAAUCAAUGAAUCAAUGGAUAUGCCACAGAUGGAGAGUAAUCAAGGGAAUGAGCCAAUGAGUGGCUUUUCAUGUCUACUUGUAAUGUUUGUGAUGUAUGGCUACAGGUAAAUAUUUAACUUGUACUCUUUUUGUUUUAAAGACAAUGGACACUAUAAUGGUAAUUGUCAAAGACCAUCUUCUCACUUGGUGUAUCUCAA